AGGGAGGGACUGAGCAAAGUCACUGAGCCACUUUCACCGGCUCCAGUAAACUGCUGCCCCACCACCUGUUAAAGGGAGGCCACUGCUGUUGUUGUUGUUGUCCCUCCCAUGAAAUAGUAUGUGGGACGGGGUCCGCUCGGAGUGCGCAGACCGGGACAAGCCAGAAGUGGAGUGAACAGGAGCGCAGUGUGCCGGGCUGACGCACCGCAUGUUGAGCCAGCAAGUUCACUGAUAUAAUAAAAGUCGCGUCGACGGAGAAGGGGACAGCCGCGCUCGGAUUUAACAGAGCUUUGAGGGGACUCUUGUUCCGGCAAAAUGAAAUUCGCGGAGCAUCUUUCGUCCCAUAUCACUCCAGAGUGGAGGAAACAGUAUCUUCAGUAUGAGGCAUUCAAGGAUAUGCUAUAUGCUGCCCAGGACCAAGCACCAUCUGUAGAAGUCACAGAUGAAGACACGGUGAAGCGAUACUAUGCUAAGUUUGAGGAGAGGUUUUUCCAGACCUGUGAGAAGGAGCUUCUGAAAAUCAAUACUUUCUAUUCAGAAAAGCUUGCUGAAGCCCAGAGACGAUUUGCCACGCUGCAGAAUGAGCUGCAGUCAUCACUGGAUGCUCAGCGAGAGAGCAACGCUCCGCCCAGUCUGCGGAAACGCAAGACGAGGUUCCACCUGUCGCAGGAGGAGCGCUGCAAACACCACAACAUCAAAGACCUGAAGCUAGCCUUCAGCGAGUUCUACCUCAGCCUCAUCCUGCUUCAGAACUACCAGAACCUGAACUUCACUGGUUUCCGUAAGAUCCUGAAGAAACAUGACAAGAUCCUGGAUACGUCUCGCGGGGCAGACUGGCGCGUGGCUCAUGUGGAGGUGGCACCUUUCUACACCUGCAAGAAGAUCACACAGCUCAUUACUGAGACAGAGACCCUGGUGACCUCAGAGCUGGAGGGAGGGGAUCGUCAAAAGGCCAUGAAGAGGCUGAGAGUUCCUCCCCUGGGGGCAGCUCAGCCUGCUUUGGCCUGGACAACCUUUCGUGUGGGCCUCUACUGUGGUUUCUUUAUCAUUCUUGUCGUCUGCUUUGUUCUUACUGGCGCUGUGUUCUUCCGCUCUGAGAACGUCUGGCCUAUGGUGCGGAUCUAUCGGGGUGGUUUCCUGUUGAUCCAGUUCCUCUUCUUGUUGGGCAUCAACACUUACGGAUGGAGACAGGCCGGAGUCAAUCAUGUCCUCAUCUUCGAGAUCAAUCCACGAAACAACCUCUCACACCAACACCUGUUUGAGAUUGCUGGUUUCCUGGGCGUGUUAUGGUGUCUCAGCAUCCUCUCCUGUCUCUACUCGCAGUACACUUACAUCCCCAUGCAGGCCAACCCUCUCAUCCUUUAUGGCUUCAUACUGCUCUUCCUCAUCAACCCCUUCAAGACCUGUUACUACAAAUCACGUUUCUGGCUCCUCAAAUUGCUGUUUCGUGUUUUCACUGCACCGUUUCACCGGGUGGAGUUUGCAGACUUCUGGCUGGCUGAUCAGCUCAACUCGCUGGUGUUUGUUCUGAUGGACCUGGAGUAUCUCUUCUGCUUCUACAUCUUUGAGCUGCAGUGGAGCAACAGCAAGGGCCUGCUACCCGACUUUCGAGAUUCCAGUGACUUUGUAUGCCACAGCUACUCCUACGGUCUUCGUGCCAUCAUCCAGUGUCUGCCUGCUUGGCUACGCUUCAUCCAGUGCUUGAGGCGUUACCGUGAUACAAAGAGGGCCUUCCCGCACCUGGUGAACGCUGGGAAAUAUUCUACCACCUUCUUUGUUGUCACCUUUGCCGCCCUCUAUGCCACACACAGAGAACAAAAUCACGCAGACGCCGACACGUUCUUCUACCUGCUGAUUGUGUUCUCAAUAGUCAGCUCCCUGUACACACUGAUCUGGGAUCUGCGUAUGGACUGGGGUCUGUUUGAUCGUGGAGCUGGUGAAAACAUCUUUCUCAGAGAAGAAAUUGUUUACCCACACAAGGCCUACUACUACUGUGCUAUUGUGGAAGAUGUGAUCCUGCGUUUUGCCUGGACAAUCCAGAUUUCUCUGACCACUAUGACCAAGAUCCACUCCACAGGUGACAUUGUGGCUACCGUGCUGGCUCCUCUGGAGGUCUUCAGGCGUUUUGUGUGGAACUUCUUCCGUCUGGAGAACGAGCACCUGAACAACUGCGGUGAAUUUCGUGCAGUGCGAGAUAUCUCUGUGGCGCCACUCAACGCUGAUGACCAGACACUGCUGGAGCAGAUGAUGGACCAGGAGGACGGCGUCCGGAACCGCUCGGGCAAGAAGACCUGGAAGAGGUCCCACAGCCUGUCGCUCCGACGCCCCCUGCUGUCCUCAUCACAAUCGAAGAAGGACACCAAGGUGCUAAUUGAAGAUACGGAUGAUGAGGCCUUCAGCUGAGUCCACAGCAUCAGCACACACGCACCCACACACACACACUUACUUUAUAAGUAUAGAAAAAAAACAAACACAGUAUAAUGUAGAAACACACACAAAGAUAGACCCGCUGAAGCACAAGUAUAGUGUAAAAUCAAUAUAAUGCAGGUGAGGAGAGAGAGCUAAUGCCACCCAGACAAACAGCCACACAGUCAGACACAUGGACAGACACCAAGGGAAACCUUCUGCACAUAACCGGCAAGAUCAGACCGCACUGCCCGGGGAUUAUCCUCUCCUUUUCUUUUUUUUUUUUUUAAACAGACUUUUAAAAAAAAUAUCUGUUCUUUACUUUUCUCUAGAUUCUUCUAUUUCUUUUUUUUUUUUCCUGGAUUUAUUUAGAAGACGCUGCAUAAAAUAGGCUACUGAUGACUGUUUGCACACUUACACUAGGAUCAACAGGGAGAAGACAAAGCCAAUCAAAAGACUAAACACUAAUAACCACAAACCGGAGGAAGGACUCUACACACAUAUCACAGCAUAUCAGAACAAAUCAACUGGUUUCAGCUUGUUGAUUCUUUUUAUACACCAUCUCUUGCUGUCUUUUUUAAUUUUUAAUAUUUUUUUAAGUUGUAAUAACAUCAGUGUACAAUCACAACCCUGGAGGCACUUGCAGGAAAAGUGCAUUUAAUACACUAAAACUUGUACACAAAAAGGGAAGUUUUGAUUCAAACAUUUCUAGUCUGUGAAGUUUCUUUGUAAUAUAUUUGAUGUGCAUUAUUACUCUGUUGUAGUCGUUAAGUCCCUCUACGUGUGUUGUUUAUACUACUCAGACUAGUUGGACCGUCCUCACGCUGACUGUUAAUGUGUUUUAUAAUAUUUGGAAUGUUUUUCAUGGUUGAACCUGUGCCACAUUUUUAAUAAUCUCAGAGUUAGACCCUCGUUUAUCCCCAAUCUCUAAUUAGUGCGAGAAAGUGCUCUGUUAACUACAGCAAAUGCACAUGCAUUGCCCUUCUUUAUAUUAAUUACCAAAGCUUUAUUUUUUAUGAAUGUGGUUGUGACUAGAGCAGCUUCGUUAUUCAAGCCUGUCAACUGAUAGGGGAACCAAACGCUUCACAGGGUGCAGGUUGGAAUCCUGGGGCCUGUUCAAGAAAGCAGGUUCAACAAAGUCUUUGAGUUUUUCAGUUCUCGAAAGGCUUCAAAUCAACCCUGAGUAUGAGGAGUGAAACUAAGCCAUCAUCAGUGGAGCUCGGAUACAGUGAUGCACCAUGGCAACGAGUAAAGAAAGAGCAGAGCUGUUUAAAUCCAGUGGAUCGAGGAAUAACGCGUUUCAAUGUGGGCUGUGACAUUUAUGCUUUUUUAAAAAAAAAGAAGAAAAAAAAAGAGGGAAGAUAGUCAUCAUUUACACAAACUGAAUUUUCAUUCAUAGAUAAAGCUAAUUGUAUUUGAGUUUUUAAUCUAAUCUCUAACUUAAUAGGCUCAAAAUGCAGAUGACAACUGCAGAUAAGACAGUUUAAUUAUGGAUUAUUAUGUAAUACUGAUUUGGUCCAUUUGCAGUGGAAAACACGUCAAGGUUCAAACAUCUAUUUAUUGGUAAUACUGCAUUUUAAAAUGUGAACAUAUUUCAGCACAACAUGCUAUCAGAACAGAUCCUAUAGAUACUAUUCAGAGCUGAUAAUAAAUCUGUGAUAUUAAGUGAUCGCUGACUCUGCUGUUUAACUGAUGACAGAUUUAUUAUGAAAGCGGCCGUGGUAACGAUUAGCAACAACCUGCUUUCUGGAACAUGGCCCAGGUAAAAUGUGUAGAGUACCUAAAAUUCAUUGAACCUGAUUUAUGGAGGUACAGUAACCAAAUAAGUGCAUGCAUGGACAGAUUUAUGGCAAGAAAGAAUUUUUUUUUUUUUUUUUUUUAAAGUGAUGCUUCUGAAUCAAACAGAUACAAAAAUAUAGCUUUCUGCUCUCAUCUUUACUGUACAGAUGUCAGUUUGGAUGAAAUUUAAAAUGCUGUCCAUGUACUCGAUAAUGUUUUUGCAUCUUUUCGUAAUAUGAACUAGUAUUUCUCUUCUCCUUUUGUAUCCUUUCUCAGUUAUGGUAAAAGAAGGCAACUGCACUACUUUGUGAAGCCAUUUCACCUCUCAUCCAAGAGGCUUCUUCAGUACUAAAACAGCACGUUUCCCAUGAUUGGGCAGAAACAUCCAUAAUGAUAAAAAAAGACGACAAACAAACCAGGCUACCUUUAAGCCCAUCAGGGGACUUGGCAGUGGUCAAACACUUAUUAAGCUUAUUCUUAGGUCUUUAAACAAUAAGAUACUUUCAGCUGCUCCUUUAUUUCCCAAGGGGCCGCCUCGGUGUAUCAGAUCUGCAUCUGCAGAUUUUACACGGUUUCACACCAGGGAUCCUUUGCAUGUAAGGCUUUAACCAUAAAUACCUAUGAUUGACAAAUUUGAGCCACUAAUCCAGUCAGGUUUCUUUGAUUCAGUGUCCCUCUCAGCUGAAACAUGGUUGGUAAGUCGAUCUUAAGCCUUUCUUCACCAGUUUCAAAAUGUAGUUAGUAACAGCUGAGAUAAAUGUGUUGUGUGUCUGCUUUUACCACACCGCUGGUUUAAGUUUGAGAGUUUCUGCUACUGUUAAAAGGGUCCCUGGCUGUCAGAGAGACAAUGCCGACGUUAACGGGAGUGUCUGUGUGCGUGUGUUUGACCCUCUCGCUCUGCUCUGUUGAUCCUCCCUGUGGCUACACUGUGUCACCACCCACCAGUCAUGAGACAAAGCCCAGGGGGUUGCAAGCCCAAUUUAUUACAGAAAAAAGUCCCAUUUCCCAUUUCUCCCCCUCCCACAGUGGCUGAAAGACUGAAAAGCCUCCGAGUGCAACGAGCUUAAUGUGAACUUGAAAAGCUAGAAAGUAAUACCUGUGUUGUAUCUGUUUAAAAUUUAGAAGGUGGAUAGAGUGUCUGUCCGUUUAAAUAUACUGAACACAUGGCAUGACUUUAUACACACACAUUAAACAUGACACACUCACACACAUUGCCUCUCUCUUGUGUCAGAGAGCACAACACUAGUGCAGAUAGUUUUGUAAAAAGGCUCCGUUGUCUUGCCUGCAUGCUGCUUUUGUUUUACAUUGUACAUAGAUGUUAAUUUAUUUGACAUAAUGUGUAUAUUAGUAAUCAUUGUAGCCACUGACAAUGAUUGAUUUCAUAUGUUGCCAUUUCAGCUCCAGAAUAAGCAGUAUUUUGUAGAUGGGGAGCUUUUUGUUGAUUGUUCACAAUCCUGCACUUUUUUUUUUUUUUUCUCCAUGUGUAAAGCUGUUGAAACGUGUUUGUAUAAAAAUAGAAGGAAAAAAAAAUCCAGAGGUGGAGAAUGUGAUCCGUCGUAUCUUGUUGGCAAUUCCUUCAUAUUUCAAAGC